CACACAAUCCCAUACAGCAAACUGGUCACAUCGAAUCGCGCAACUGGUCACAUCAAAUUCCGAAAAAUCGUCACUCAAAAGCAAAAAGAAAAAAAUAGGAAAAUAGAAAAGACAGCAGAAAAAUAAUUUGGGCGAACAAAAAAAAAAAACAAAAGUGCAAAAGUCGUGUGGCACAAAAAAAGAAGAACAAGAAGUAACGACUACAAACGACAACAGUAACAAUAACAAUGUCAGGCAACCGUCCCGAUAAAAAUCUAUUUGGCGAGCCCAAUUUCGAUUUGGAUAAUCCAUUUGCGGAUCCCGCCAUACAGCAGGCGACACGCAUGUCCACCAACGUGUCGCUGGAGGAUUACAAUCCGUUCGAGGAGCAGGCGAAGCCACAGCUGCAGAUCAACUCGACGAACACGGCGGCCGUGGUGCAGCCGCUGUCACAGAAUGUGCCGCCCCCGCAGCCAAGUUCGUUGGGCGCAUCGGCGCCCAGCACCAGCAUACAGAUCACAUCGGAGGAGCUGCAGCGUCGCCAGGAGGAACUCGAUCGCAAGGCCGCCGAACUGGAUCGACGUGAACAGCAGCUGCAGGGCAACGUGCCACAGUUGAACAAUUGGCCGCCGUUGCCCGAUAACUUCUGCUUGAAGCCUUGCUUCUAUCAAGACUUUGAGGUCGAAAUUCCGCCCGAGUUUCAAAAGCUGGUCAAGCACUUGUACUACAUCUGGAUGUUCUACACUAUGACGCUGUGCGCCAACAUUAUUGGAGGUCUCAUCUUGCUCUUCCAUGCGGGCAACAUUUCCAAUCUGUUCUUGGCCAUCUUCUACACUGUGCUCUUCACGCCCGCCUCCUACGUGUGCUGGUUUCGGCCGGCUUAUAAGGCAUUCCGCAACGAUUCGAGCUUCAAUUUUAUGGUCUUCUUUUUCGUGUACUUCUUUCAAACGGUUUACACGGUCGUCCAGGCCGUUGGCUUCAAUCAGCUGGGCUACUGUGGCUUCAUCACGGCCAUCUCGCAGUUCGAUAGCACAGCUGCGGGCAUCGUUGUCGGCCUGUUGCUGCUGAUCAUUGCGUUUUCGUUCGCCAUCACUGCGGGCGCCAAUGUGCUGAUGAUCAUGAAGAUCCAUUCGAUUUAUCGCAGCACUGGCGCCAGCAUGGACAAGGCCAAGGCUGAGUUUACCACAGAGUUUCUGCGCAAUCAGCAUGUCCAGGAGGCGGCCUCCUCAGCAGUCAGUUCGGCGGUGAAUUCACAGUUCAACAAUAGCAGAUACUAAACACCAGCAGCAGCAGCAGCAGAAGCAGCAGCGGCAAGCAGUAAGCAGCAAUAAUCAAUCCGAUCAAUCAAUCAAGCAAACAAAGCAAGCAACCAACCAAUCAAUCAACCAAACAAACAUAACAAGCACAGCAAGCAGAGCACAGUGAAGCAGUAAUCGGGAAGCAAAAACCAGACCAAGUUGAGCCACAAAAAAAAAAAAAAAAACGAUGAUAAACACCAGCGUAUAACAAACGUACACACACACAAGAAUAUAUAUAUAUAUAUACACAAUAUAUAUAUAUAGAUAUAUAUUUCUAUAUAGACUUAAAAGCAAAACAUAAAAGCAGCAACUAAAAACUAAUUGCUUUGUGGAUAAAACAAUUCCUACAAUGCCGUCGUCCUUAUUACAAUUAGCAACUACUGUAAUGAUUAAUCUAUGAUAUAGAACACACACACACUUUAAACACACUCUUUAAUAAUCGAUUAUGAUGAAAUUAAUCUGCAAGCAACUGCAAUUUUGUAAACUGAUACUUAAACUACAACUUGGAAAUGGUAAUCGCAAAACAAAUGAAAAGAAAACAAAACAAACACAAGAAAAAGAAGAAAAAAAAAUCGGCGCACGUUGCCUUCGUAGACAUUCUGGCCUAAGAUUUGCUGAAACGCAAUGAUAAAGCACUUAAACGCAAGCAAAGUAAAUUAAACUAAAUAAAAAAUAUAAAAAAAAUAACAAAAAACAAUAAAUUAUAAGUACGUAUAUUUAUGCAAAGAUGCUUACAUAUUUUGUGUUUCGCAAAAAGUGUCCUAAGAAAUUACUAAGUUAUGAAUUUAUAAAUGCUUUAUUCAACUUUAUCAAAGCCGUGGAUCGAGAAGGAAUUUCGGAUACGCUCCUCUCUUCCCAACAAUAACAAUGCGCAAAAACGAAACGUAUAAAGUUUAUUAAAAUUAAAGCUAUUUGUAUGUAUAAUGAAAACGGAUAAAAAGAAAAUGAAUAAGAAAAAGAAAAUGAUAACGAUAACGAUAAAGAUGCUGAUGAUGAUGCAGAUAAGGAUUAUGAUAAAUGCUGCUGAUAAUGAUGUUUUCUAGUUGUUUAAGUCGAAACAUUUAUGAUAUGCAUAAACCAUAAUACACACACACACACACUCACACCCAAAACAUACACACAUACAUCUCUACAUCUAAAUGUAUUUAAAGCGUAAAUUAUACAAACUUUUAUCUUUAUACUACUAUAUAGCAACAGAUUGCGCAUAGUCUCUCUACAUAUGUAUGAGUUAUUAUUAUUAUUAUCAUUGCUGUUGUCCAACUCCCACAUCCCACCUCCCAUCCCCCAUCUCCCUCUCCCCUCCCUAUUUACCCUACUUAUUACCCUCCUCAUUCCCAUUCCCAUCACCCGCCUUCCACAUCGCCUCACAUGUAAUGUCGUGUCGUGUAUUUUGUAAUUGUAAUUGUUAUACAUAUAUAGUAUAUAUACACACAUUUAGUAUAUACAUAUAUAUACUAAAAUAUCUAUGAAUACAGCAUAUAAAUAUUAACGACUAAA